CCUCUAUGCAGAAAGCCUCAUUCGUCGCCGCGCUCCUCCAAUCGCUGGAUGAGUCACUAUUCACAGGACUUGACGUGUUUCCGUGUGAUGCUGCUUCCAUUCCCGUCUCUCGCUCACCCCGAGCGAGGAGGAGAUCCCCGCCUGGACCGCGAAUGAGGAGCAAAUGAAGAGACGCCUGAAAUGGACGCUUGAACUUCAGAUAAUGCUCGAUCCGAAGGAACCCCUGGCACUUUGCGUAACAGCUCAGUGACAUCAGAGAAAGCAUGCAAGGCAGGCUAGCGGACGACUGGGUUCCCUCUCCUCCGAAAGGGACUUCGUUUUUCAUCGAGAAUCUGCUGAGCGAGGGGAGAAGGGAAUCGGUUUGGGCCGGAGUGGCGCAUCACACCGAUAACAGAACCUCUGUGCCGGACCGCUGCAGCGCCACAUCCCUCUGCUCUGAUAGACACCUGCCGCUGCAUUUAAGCUGCAGCGGGACAGUGAUGAGCAUUAGAGCUUUGGGACCAUGCAGCCCGACUUCAGAGGAGCCUUGCUGUGCAUCAUCGACCAGCGACAGGGCUUCCCCUGUCAUUUCAGAACCGAUAACUGAGAGCAGCGAUCAUAUCGACCAUAAGACGGCCGACUGCAGCCCCACAGACGACACCGAGGACGCGUCAAAUAUAGGCCUACUGGACGCACGGCAAGACCCUGACGCACAGUCCGGUUCAUACUCCGGCCGUAAGAAAAAGACUCGGACUGUGUUUAGCCGCAGCCAGGUGUUCCAGUUGGAGUCCACAUUUGACUUAAAGCGCUACCUGAGCAGCUCAGAGAGAGCGGGCCUGGCUGCGUCCCUCCACCUGACCGAGACGCAGGUGAAAAUCUGGUUUCAGAAUAGAAGGAAUAAAUGGAAAAGGCAGCUGGCGGCGGACCUGGAGGCCGUGAACAUCCCGAACCCAACCCAGCGGAUAGUCAGGGUGCCGAUCCUGUAUCACGAAGGACAAACUCCCACCGGUGUUUUUGGUUUUUGCAUAAACGGACAUUCAGUUUCUCCCUCCUGGGCCGUCAGUCAUCCUUUGUCGCCCUUUUCUCAUCCUGUGAACAGGCUAAGCUCGCAGAUGACUGCUUUGGUUUAAGACACCGCAAACUCACUCAGACUCACUCAGUUGAUAUCAAUGUGCAAUAAACCAAAAACACUGCAGGGAAUCUGUUUUCUGGCUCCAAAUAUACGAAGCAAAGAAUUUCAACUCUUAAGAAAUUCUAUAUUUCUCUUCCUGAGGCUCUAUAGCGUGUGCUGCAAUCAGAUAAGCUGGCAACAGCAGGCUGGAUUUUCUGUGUGUUUAGAUACACGUAUUUUUGCAAAGUUUUAUAGCCUAUUUAAAG